UUACCGAUGUCCUUGCUACUUUUCUGGACCUGGGAACAUUACAGUUGAGUUGCUGUCUACAGAGGGUCAGAGAGCUCUCGGAUUUCAUCAAAAAUAUCUUAAUCUGUGUUCCGAAGAUGACAAAGAGUCUUAUGGGUUUGAAAUCACAUGAAGUUCACAAGGAAAGAUCAUGUUUAUGGAAGCUUUUUACUGGGCUGUGUCUACUGGUAGUCUUGUUUUUUCUGGUUUUGUCUUUUAUGGGAGAAGAAAGAGAGAAACGCCCUCUACCCAGCUUUUUGUCUCUGUACUCAGUAGAACACAGUUGCCACAACUCUUCUAAUGCCAGGUCUCCUGCAGGAAUCAACUUUCAGACACAAAUAAGCUCUUUCUACUCUGAAUUAGGAAUCAGUUUAGAUGCCUACUCUAGGUUACAGCAGGCUGUUUACUGGGAAGAACCUGACAGAUCAAUCACAAGUGUGUCCAUGAGUACUAGUCCAGCCCACACCACUUUCAUCAUAGAGAACCUGAAAGAGAGCUACCAAAUUGGUGAGGAGCUUUUUGUAACAGUACAGGCGAAGGACUCUGACAAUAAAUUCAAGCGUUAUGGAGGUGACUUUUUUCAGGCCAAGCUGUUCUGGUCUAAAUCUAAGGCCAGUGUGUUUGGGGAGGUGCUGGACCUGUGCAAUGGCUCCUACCGUGUGCGUUUCCUCCUGCCGUGGGUCGGUGAAGCUCAGGUGGCCGUGCGUCUGAUUCACUCCAGUGAAGCUGUGGAGGUCCUGAAGCGUCACAGAGUAACUGACUCUGACAGAGUGUACUUUUAUGGAUAUUAUGAGGGACCAGGACCAGAUAAGACCAGACUGAGUGAAACGGUAAAGUGUAAUGUGAAGUGGGACAAGAAUGGACUAGAGAGCAUAAGAACUGGAGACUGUUGCUGUGAAUACAACGAUCCCCGUUCUGGAGAAACAUGGCGCUGCCAGAGACCCAAAUCACUGCCAUGCAGUGCCCUUGUGUACCACUCUAUGGGUGGUUAUACAGACAGUUUGACUUAUAAAGACAAGCUGCUUAUGAAGCAAACUAACAAAGAUAUCAGUGGCGAUAAGAGCAUCAUCAAAAUUUUUUCUUCCCGUGGAAAUACAAAUAUUGAUGUAACAGAGAAAUGUCAUCCUGGUUUACACACUCCAGUUCCGGCCGGCUUUUACCUGAAUGAUGUGUGGACUUCUUUUGUCUGUAGAACCCGUCAUUUUACAACCCAAAAGAUAACAGAGUGCCUGAAAGACAAAGACAUCUACAUGAUGGGAGACUCGACUCUGAGACAGUGGUUUGAGUUCUUUGUAAAUGAAGUACCAGUGCUGAAGCAGAUGAAUCUGCAUGUCCAACAUCAGUCAGGACCACUCCUAGCAGUGGAUGUGGAGAACAACAUUGACUUACACUGGAGAGCUCACGGUGUUCCUCUGCGCACUCGAAAAACAGCAUUUGCCGAUCUGCACUACAUCAGUAAUGAGAUCGAUGACCUGGCUGGAGGACCCCACAUGGUCAUUGUAUUCAAUCUGGGGCCUCAUUUCACCACUUACCCUCUGGAUUUCUUCACCCAAAGAGUGUUAAGGAUCCGCAAAGCUGUUCUAGCACUGUUACAGCGGGCACCUGAAACUACGGUUAUAAUCAAGACUGUCAACACUGGCAGAAAGAAUAUUUUUGGCAGUGACUGGUAUUCUCUUCAGUUGGACAGAAUUCUGCAGUGGGCUUUUCAGGAUGUUGGUGUUUAUAUUCUGGAUGUGUGGCAAAUGACUGCCUGUCACUACAACGAUGAAGACAUCCAUCCAGGCCCUGUCAUCAUCAAAAAUGAGAUUGACAUUUUACUCUCUUUUAUUUGCCCCAAAUUAAUUUAAAUGAAUACAUUUUAAUACAUUUGAAAAUCCAGGUCAUGUGUAGGAAAACUUGAAAUACUGUGUGACAGUGUUUAAAACAAGUGUGGGCAAAGUUGAUUAUCUAAAUGUGCUCCACGUGUAGGGUGACCAUAUGAGCCAUCCUCGCCAGGAUUUCUAUAUUGCCUAAAACAUCCAAAGUAGUUUGACCAAUAACAUGCAGGUAUGGUACAUAAUCAACCAAUCGUGGUGUGUGAGAAGGUGAGAUCUACAGAGAACGAUCAGAGCAAUGCAAAUACACGUACAUGUUAGGUGUUUGUUCGUUCAUUCAACUUGAAGUGUCGCUGUGCACUGAUCAUUAUAAGGCACCAAAGUAGGCGUCCUGGGAAAAUGGCUCAUAUGGUCACCCUACCACGUGUGCUGUGUUGGAUGAUUAUCUUAACAUCCUCUUCCAGAUCUUUAAAACAACUUUAAACUGCAACUGAGUAAUGACAUUUAUAUAGAAGCCUCUUUCUGCCACAUAAAAAUGCUAAAUUAUCACAUAAGAAGUCAUACUAUGACAACCAUAAUCAUGAAAUUAAAAGUCAAAGUAAUGACAUACUAAGUCAAAAUAGCCUUAACCUGGAAUUUGGUGUCCUAUUGGUGUUAUUUACUUGCAUGUCAAUUUCUAGAGAACCAAAAAGUUGUGCAGACCUCAAGAAUAGAAAACAUCUCAACUGGCCGCUUUGAACAUUUCAUUUUGCGGAUGCAUUGCAUGCUGCUCAGGCCUCAGCUUUAAUAUGUAAUGUUUUAUUUUUGUGUACCUGAGAUCUAUCAGAUCGCCUAUGUUUCAGUUCUCUAAAAUACACAAAUUUUAUUUAAACUUCAGUAACGUUUUUGUGGUUACCACUUUGCUGAAGAUAAUAGCUUGUGCUGAUUUUGUGAGUAGUUGUUGCAUGCAGAAAUGUUCUCUGAUUGGACCAAUGAACAUACACAGAUUCUGUAAAUGAUGUGUCUCUUUCUAUAACUUGCAAAUUUAAUGAAUCGGUAAGACUUGUCAUUGGCAUUAGGCCCAGUUCUUACUCAAUGAGAGCAACAGUGUUUUGUUUCCUGUAGCCACAUCCUACCCAAUGGAAAUAUACAGAAAAAUGUGUUGCUC